AUGUUCAAGUUGGUACCAUACAGUCAAUACCCUAUAAAUGUGAAUGACUCGUUGCAGCGUGCGCGACGUCACAUAUCCUUUGUAAAGUUGUGGAACGAAAGCAUUUGUUACUAUCCUGAGCAACUGAACCCCAACAGCAUUGACUUGUGUCGCUUCGUAAUGGACACUCCAAGUUGUGCCUAUUUUGUGUACUAUAUCGACUAUCUGAAACUUAUGUUUUGCACUCUGGAUUUGAAUUGGCAUUCUGCAUAUAUGAUUGUCGUGGUUUUAAGCUUGUUAUUUGGCUACAGCCUGCUCUACAUGAUCACCAAGUAUUUCUGCCUGCCCAACUUUAUGAUGCUGAUGAAGCUGCUUCCCAUCUCCUCAUAUGCCUAUAGUUUUGUCCACUUUGGUUUUUGUCUCUUCACGUGGAAAUAUCUAAAUUUCUGGCUAAUUUGCCCCUAUGAGAAUGAGUAUAAGGCCUCGUUGAUUCUUUCCAAACAAAUUGGUGAUGCUCUGCGCUACUUUGUGGUGGGCAUUAUGGUUCUCUGCUUGAGUGGUGGUCAUCGUGUGCAGAGUGUGCUAUGGUGGAACAACAUGGCAUUCAUCUUCAUCGGCUUCAUCUAUCUGCUCUGGCUUGUGCGUACCAAAUAUCAAAUAUUUAGUGAACGUCAUUUGGCCUACAGUGAUUCGCAUAUGCUGCGUUUCCAUGCCUGGGCAUUACUAUUGAUCUUCAUUUUAGUCCUGUUGCUAGUCCUCGUGAUAUCCUAUUACAACAUUCAGCGAAGAAAGCAGCUUGGGAAAACAGAAUCCGCCGAAAAUGAAAGUGAAAUGGAUGAGAUCGAUGCCAAUUCCGAUCUGGCCAGCGAUGCGGAGAUUACGGGAAGUGCUCCAAGGCGUGAGGAUUUGGAUUCAUUUCAGAUUUGGUGGAGCGCUGUAAAUGGUUUGUCCCACAUGAAGGAGCCCUUCAAAAUUAUAGUUGUCCUCUUUACACCCUUCUAUUUUGUGCUGGCCAUCAUCAUACCCGUUCUGGAUGAGAAGAGACAAAUGAAUGGCUGGUGCAAGCCCGUCGUGCUCGUAAGCUUGCUAGUAUUCCCAGUGCUAUUUAUUGGCCUGAUGCCAGAUCCCAACACCUGGAUCGCCGUGCUCAUCUGCAGUUGGAUUAUGGCCUUCCUCGUCCACAUCUCAUUUCACUCGCUGAGCGAACCGAAUCUCGUCUGGUUGAGUGUCUUUUGCAUAGUAGGCACAAUUGUGUGCUCCGUUUGCCUUCACUCGCUAAUACGCGAAAUUGAUAAUCUUGCUUGGCAAUAUUUAAGCAUAAGAUUCCACUCGAUACCCGAUCUGAUCUGCCUAAUGUUCCUGAGCUCUGGCGAGAUGCUCUGCGCCUUCGUAAUGCUCCUCUACCUGAAAAGAUACAAGUUGUUCGAUGCAGCCUAUGGACUCGUCAUGGGUCUGGUCACCUACACAAUUUACACCACUCUCCCUCUGCUCACUCUGAACAACUGCUACAACGAGCAGACCUAUAUUAUGUGCACUGCGCAUACGGAGACUUGUUACACGUUCUUCAUGGUCAUCUUUCUGGGCACUCUCUUUCACGUCUCGAUGUGUGGCAAUGAGUUUCGCAUAUCGCUCUUCUACUAUCUGACCAUCAUGUACGUGACUUAUGUAUUUUUUCAGUUGGCAGCCUACAUUCACUGGGUGUAUCCAUUUGGUUCAUUGCACUCCAUUCGGCCGCCCAAGGAAACCGCAAAUCAUUGGGCUUAGACAACUUUAAGCAGCCGAUCCGUGUGUGAUUACAAGAUAUCCCCCUCCCUGACACCCUGCCACCACCUCACCGCCUGAAG